AUGAAGCACUAUCAUAUCCCAGAGCAUAUACAGGGUAUCAUAAAUGGCUACUUUGAUGGCAUACAGCUUCGAUUCUCAAUCGGUGACCAGACAACGCCAUGGCAGAGGUUAGAGAAGGGGAUAGUAACUGGCUGCACCAUCUCAGUGGUACUAUUCGUGAUGGGCAUGAACUUGAUCAUCAAUGCCGCGAAGAGGGAAACCAGAGGACCAAAAACAGCGUCAGGUAUACACCUCCCAUCCAGCAGGGGGUUCAUGGAUGACCUGACCAUCACUACCACCACACAUGUACAGGCCCGCUGGGUACUAACAGCCCUACAGGACACGGUCACAUGGGCACGAAUGAAGUUCAAACCCAAGAAGUCAAGUAGCCUGAUUAUCAAGAAGGGAAAGGUCACCAAAAGAUUCACUCUACAGGUGCAAGGGGAAGACAUUCCAUCCAUUAUUGACAGUCCAGUCAAGUGCCUCGGCAAGUGGUACGACGCCAGCCUGAAGGACACUAAUAACAUCACUAGAGUCAAAAACCAGCUCCAAGAUGGCCUGAAGCUUAUAGACCAGACAGGACUCCCGGGCAAGUUUAAGGCAUGGCUCUACCAACAUGGGUUACUACCUAGGCUUAUGUGGCCCCUUAUGCUGUACGAGAUAGCUACAACCCCUGUAGAAGGAUUCGAGAGAGUGAUCAACCGGCAUCUCCGGAGAUGGCUUGGUGUCCCUCCUAGUUUCACCAGCAUUGGACUGUAUGGCAGAACCAACCAACUUCAACUCCCAAUGACCUCACUAGUUGAAGAGUUCAAGGUUGCCAAAGGAAGACUGGUGGUAACCCUCAAAGAGUCAUCAGAUGACAUGAUAUGGAAGGCAGGCAUCGAGACACGCACAGGGCGAAAGUGGUCAGCAAGCCAGGCAGUCGCCCAGGCAGAAAACAGGCUACCACACAAAGACAUCGUAGGCACCACAGCUAUAGGAAGACAAGGCCUGGGCAGUUCAAAACCACAACGCUGGAGCACUGCCGGUAAGAAAGAAAGAAGCCAAAUGGUCCAGUAUGAGAUCAGGCUUUCAGAAGAGGAAGACAGGCGCGCCAGAGCAGUCGGGAUGGGAGGGCAGUGCGCAUGGACACAAUGGCAGACCACAGAAAGACACCUGACAUGGGUAGACAUUUGGCACUACGAACCACUACGACUCAAAUUCCUACUGAGAUCCGUAUAUGAUCUGCUGCCAUCUCCAGUCAAUCUACACAGAUGGGGGUUAGUGGAAGACCCAAAGUGUCAGCUGUGCGACAAACCAGGAACCAUGCAGCACACCCUCUCAUCUUGCCAGACUGCGCUAACACAAGGCCGCUACAGAUGGAGGCACGACACAGUCCUCAAUGAGCUAGCAGACAUACUAGAGCGGGAGAGAAGGAAGACAAGACCUACCAACAAGAAGGCAGUACCAACAAUCAAAUUCGUCAAGGAAGGACAAACUGCCAAGAAGGCAAGAACCGCAGCAACAUCUAUCCUUGAUGAAUCAGAGCGUUGGGAGAUGAUGGUCGACCUAGGAAAACAGCUGGUAUUCCAAGACAUAGUCCAUACCACACAGAGACCAGACAUAGUUAUAUGGUCUCCCAAGGACAAGAAACUGGUGAUGAUAGAACUCACUGUACCCUGGGAGACUAGGUGUGAUGAGGCCUACGAGCGGAAAAUGGGAAAGUACACUGAGCUACAAGAACAGUGUAAAAGUCGCGGUUGGAGUGCCUGGCUGUUCCCCGUUGAAAUAGGGUGCAGAGGAUUUCCAGCCCAAUCAGUAUGGAGAAUGCUCAGCAACAUUGGGAUCAAGGGAGGUGACAGGAAGAGGGCUGUAGGCAGACUUGGACAAGCUGCAGAAAAAGCAUCCAACUGGCUGUGGAUGAUGCGAGAGGAGAAGAGUUGGACGCUAAACCACUGA